CUGUGGUGGUGUGGGCUACACUACACAAGGCACUGAACGUACAGGGACGGAUACAGAGGUGAGGGAAGCCAUGAGGAAUGCCUCUUGACUAAAAUCGUAUCAUGGCGUACAAGCCUUUAUAGCGACCAUAGCAGAGUUGGUCUUGAACUACAUCGUGUCUGGACACCGUUGGCCAACUGUCACCAACACUAAAACGUGGCAUGUACGUUACCAGGGUGAGUUGAUCAUAUAUUCAAACCUGACUCUGUGCAAUUUACUCAACUGCCUUUGAUGUCUGGCAUUUUUCAAAAGACCAAAGUGGGGGACCGGCCGGUGGAAAAAGCCAGGUGGUUAAUUCUCAACACGACUUCACUUAGACAUUGUGGAAAUAUUUCCAUCGCUCAUGACGACACCAGAGGGUACUGUACGCUACAGUAAUAACUCUGUCAAACCUGAAGUGGAACCUCAACACAAGGAAGUAACUGUGUGGCAAGCUGUCCUGGCUAUUAAGAUGCAGUAUCAGACAAACACAUAUUGCAACAGGUAUAUUCUCUGGAUGAUCAAGACAUUUUAACGCCUAAAAACUGCACGUAUUGAGAAUAUCGUGUGUAGCAGACAAUAUGGGAGACGAUAAGAAGAAGGGAGACAUCAGCGAGCGGUCCCCGGCGGUGUACUCCGCUAACAAAUCCGAGGACAUGUUGUUGGACCGACGGCUGGCAAUGCUCAACAAAAUGGAGAAACAGGUGGUGACACGUAUAACGGCGGAACAGAGAGUGGUUCUGAACAGGUUCCGGAUCCGUCUGAAGCGGUCCGAGCUGCAGUACGCCCGACUGAAGGGUGACAAGGAGACCGAGAAGAGACUCCGGGCCAAGUCGGGGUACCAGUUCAACACCACUCUUACCGAGGAGGACGACAUGCUGCAAAAGGUCACAAGUCGUAGAAUCAACAGCGCCCCGCCAAAGAUGCGCUCUAAGUCGGCCCCGCGUCUUUCCUUCGCCGAAGCGCCAUCUCCCGAUCUUCCAGUGAAAGUCAGCCAUGGACGGAUGUCGGUUCCCAACAUGAGAACGCAGCCGACUCCCCCUCCAGCGUUGGGACGAAGUCGAAGGCUUAGCGUCGAGGACGUCAACGAAAACUUGGCGCGGCAGACGAGAAUUCGCCCGGCAACGUCGUUCGAGCUGCGUUCGAGGACGUCGUCAAUGUCGACGGAGAACGCCGACGCUAGCCGGCCGCCGCGCCCGAAGACGUCCUUAGAUUACGCCUCUAGCGUUGCAUCUGAUGCGACCUUAAAAGGAGAUGCCGAAACCAAGAAAGCGUCACAGAAAAAACGUCGUCAUCGCAGUGAGAGCUCUGAAGAAAAAGAUGGCGAACUACACGAAGAUUUCGACGGAAGCAUACUAGAAACUGUCAGGAUUGAGAAUAACACUGGUGAGGCUGAAAAAGAACCAAGCAGUGCUCGACUCAAAGAGAGGAGAGCUAGUACUGGUAGGGUUACACAUACUGAGCAACCACGUAAGCAGAAGCAGAGCAUCUUGACCAUGCUCACUCCAGAACAGGAGAGCAGACCCUCUCUGCUUGCACUUCAUUUAAAGAUCGCUGAGAGCGCUAAUUUCCCCAUCAGGGUGCAGAAUUUCGUGAAGACCGUCACACCGUUCACCGAGGAUCGCGACGACGCGGAAAUGGUGGACUACUACACUCUGAGGGCGCAGGAGGCGGCGAAGGUUGGGCGGAGUAAGAACAUGUUUGUCCCGCGCGACAAGAGACCUAGCACCCCCGUCAAACAACACCACUGGUUCCCAACCAAGGAGACAAAAUCACGGUCUCUCACGCUACCCGGACUGGACUACGAGUUUGAAAAAGACGCAGAGUUGGACAUUGAUAUCAUGAAGUUAGGGUGGGUACACGAGAGGAAUAAGUAUGACAACAGACGAGGCAGCUGUACGGAGUAGCCAACACCUGCUGAUGACAUGUGUUACUGGUGUGCAAUAGUUAGAGAUGUCUACAAAGUUCUAUAAAAACAAGAAUUGCUACUGGUACAUUUCAAUCCUACCAGGUCUAGGGGUCAGUGCAAAUCGAAUACUGUGGUUUGCAAUACAUAUACAAACUGCAGUCUAGUUUCGUAUAGAAAAAAAUGUAUUUUUUCUAGACUAUUUUUGCUAGAUACGGAUAAUCUCCAAAUGCUAAAUUUGUUACCCUUGUUAUCUGUUGGUUGAAAAUUUACUUCGAUCGGCGGAUUCGUUAAAACAAACGUAGGAAACGACCAAGAUCCUUCAUGAUCCAAAAUUGACCAACAACGACAUUGCAAUUGUACUGUACUGCUUGUUCUAGUUUGCUGAAACUUUCUCUGAAUCAGAGAUUUAUCAUCUAAAAGCGCUUGUAGCUGCGUUACUAGUACAUAUAAGCGUUUGCGGUGGUCUUUCUGUAUUGUGCCAGUGGGCAUUAUAUAUACAAAUGCAUUUGCCAAAUGUAAUGCUUCUAAAAAUUGCAAUGAGAUUUCUAUUAUAUUAUCUUGUGCUGAUUUUUUUCCAUCGACAGUGCAUACCACAUAUAGGUCUAUGGAAGACGAUAUAAUGUUUGUUAACAUGUGUUGACGCCCAGAUCUCUUAUUUUAAAGGAUCCGAAGAAUAUUCCGGAAAACAUAUUUGCAUGACAAUACUUGUUUGGUGUUACGACAAAGGAUUAUCUCGUCUUAUUAAAUGUUUGUGUGCAAUA